AUGUCUGUGAUUACACCAAACGAUGAGAACGUGGACGACGCGUUCACUUUCGAGUCGCGGCCCGUGAAGCGUAACCCGGACACGAAGGCUACCUCGCCGUUAAAACUGGGCCGGUUGAGCACCGCGGUCGAGCCAAAAAUCGAGCCGUCUACAGAGACUCCUAAGGAUAGACAAGAUUUCAAGUACAUACUGAACCAGCUGUCGCCGGUGCCGGGCACCUGGGUCGAGGGCCAGGAUAACGAGGAGCCGGACUUGAACGAGUAUGUUGGGUCUGCGGCCAGUUCGCCGGGGAGCCACAAGGACCUGACGAUGGGGUCUUUCAGAGGAGAGAUUGAUCAACAGGGUCCGAUCUCGAGUCCUAUUCCAGACGCGCCAGACUCCGAGGAAAACAACAACCGGUUGAGUGCAUUUGGCAAGAUCUCGCUGCUGGGCUCGGUUUUGUCCGAGUCUUUGGGGAUCUCCAGAAAGCCCCAUGGGGACGACGAGCCGUUCGACCAGACGGUCAACAGUGUCCAGAGCACAGACCUAAUCGACAACACUAUGGACGUGAGCAAUGACACGACGCUGAGUGAGGACGGCUCAUCGGUGUCGGAAAGCUAUUUCAUCGACCCGGACAAGGAGGAGUACGUUCCUCCAGGGUCGGACUCGGAGAGAACUCCGGUGGUUUCAAACUUUGCCUUUGUGGAGGGUGACAAGACGCCCGUCGAGGACGAAAGCAAACGGUUCACCAACCCGCUGAGCUCGUCCGACAUGAGAAUGUCUACAUUUAAUAGAGCAGGACCUUUAUUGGUGGAGACCCCCAUUUUGGAAGAGGAGGAGAAUGACGAGGCUGCCAACGAGGCAGAGACCUCGGAUCUGCUUGUUGAGCGCCAUUCGGGCAUUCCUCUGCGCCACUCAAAGUACCAGAGCGUCACCUCGAGCAUCUACACCGAGGGGCAGGACCAGAGGUUCAGCAAACCGUUUCUGUUGUCACCCAAAUCCAGUUCGCGUGAGGUUGCAAAGAGCUCUGGCUUGAUGUCGCCGCUUGUUCCAGAGGCUUUUGACCAGCCGGCCGUUCAGACCGCUCCUCAGCCGGAGACCGUUGAAGACCCCGUUCCUAGCCCCAAGGUGGCCUCGGAACCAGAGUCGAGGUACGGCUCGUUUGCAGCUGCCCCGGCUGUGGUGGCAGCUGCUCCUGCUAUGGCUGCCCGUGGAAGCGUUUCCUCGAGCAUCUACGAGCCAAUUGGCGCCUCCAGGGCCCCGGCACCUGCGCGCACGCUGGAAAACCUGAACGAGCCUGACGAGUACGUGCUUACGGAGCCUAAGGAGCCAACAGAGCCAAGAGAUCCAGAAGAACCAAAGGAGCAGGCAGAACUGCCGCUCAACAGACUCUCGCUGUCCGAUAACCUGCUGAACGAGCAGCUGGAAAGAAGCAAGAGCGUGCGGAGCACCAGAAGCUCCAAAAGCACAGCCAACGAUCACAGUUUCGAGCGCAAGUCGCUGGACCCAAUGACCACACUAACGGCCGUUUCCAGCGAGACAGAGUCGGACAUGCUGUCGGAGAUGCCCCAGCUGUCGUCGACGCCGAAGAAAACGCGUGUUUCCGUGAGACAACAGUCGCUGUACAGCGGGAACUAUCCGAAAAAGACGCUCACGUCAAUUAACUCGGAGGUGACAGCUUCCGAGUCUGCAAGACAGAUCCACCAGCUCAGCACCGAGUCGGAGUCGAUCUUGGAGAAUGACGACGAGGACGCGUCCGCGCUGUUUGUGACUGCUUUGUAUCCGUUCGACGCCAACACUCUGGAGUCUAAGAAUGACGCCUCGAUCUGUCUCUCUUUCAACGAAAACGAUAUCGCGUUCACGUAUUCUCUGGACGACUCCGGCUGGGGCGAGGUGACCUUGCUUAGCACGCUGAAAAGAGGAUGGGUUCCAAUGAACUAUUUCCGCGCCACCUUGACAGACGAGCUGGAGGACGAGCAGCAACUUAACAAGUUUGCCAAGCUCGCAGCUUCCAGAAUGCCGCUCCGCAAGUUGUUCAGGAAUGCAGGCAUGUUCCUUCUGAACCCGCAGAACAAGAUGCUCUACAUCAACAACGAGUUCAAGGGCUACACCUACGACAUCAAGUACAUCAACGGUAUCACCCAGGGAAUCAGAACGCUGCUGAACGAGACGGACUGCAUUUCCCGGACGAGCGAGGUGGUCCAGAGAAAGCCUGUGGUGCGCAAGUUGCGGAAAAAGUUGCUCCGCGACUGGUCGGACCUCAUCUUCAAGGCCAAAGACUUCUUAAACACCAUGGACCUUAAGAAGAUCGAGUACUUGCAACUGCUCACGUUCCAGGUUGUUCAGAAGUCCAUCACGUUCCUAGACGUCUGGGGCCUGGAGAGCGACGAUCUCAUGAACAGAGACAAGCAAUUGAUCAGCUCGUCGCAGCUGGUUCCAGUGACGUACCUUCCAAUGCCACCACACGCUGUUCCUCGCGUGAACGAGCUGUACAACCAUCUGAUGGGAUACCUGGCCAUGAUCUCCGGUCGUCUGGACCUGGUGGAGAACAACAUCAAGGGAGGCCAGUUGUUGGAGAACAUUGUCAACCAGAUCAACCUCCAAGUCAAGGAGCUGCAGUUCAUCAGUUUGUUGAUCAAAACUUCUAUCCCGCAAGGCUACAAGCUGCCUGCUGUUGCUCGCACAAAUAUGUCGACUGCGGACCAGCUCAAGCUUCUUGAGACCAACAACAAGGACCUGUCCAUGACGUUGGAGAAGUUCAACUACAGCGUGAGGGUGCUGGUGGAAGCUGCCAACAAGCGCACGGUGAACUCGCCUGCUCUUUCGAGAACAGCCACCAGCAACUCCCGCGGAGCAUGGCCAGUCAGGGACGCGUACUUCUACUCCAGAGAGGGAGGAGCCGUGAUCAACACCGGGUGUAAGCUGGUUUACCUGGUGAGCACGUCGCAGAAAGUUCUCAAGACGUUUUUGGUGGCUACCAAAGACUUUGAGCUGCCAAACACUCGCCAGUACCCAGACUUUAUGCAGAUGAACGUGUCGCCAAAGAACUUCAUCAAGAUCUGCUCCAAGGGACUGGUUUCCGACAAAGAAAUCACUAAACAGUUGAAACAGCACAAGACUCUCAAGUCGGACAGAAGAGCCUCGAAACGGUUUUCAAUGUUCCGUGCUGGAGACGCCGCCAACAUGGAGAUGUCUACCGACGGUCUGGACUACCUGGCCGAGGUUGCUCCUGGCAACGACACCCCGUUCAUCCAGAACGACGGCACUUUUGACCAGCUGCUUGACGGUCCGUCUUCCACUUUCAACCACGAGGACGAGAUUCUAAGAGGCUCGGAGAACGAGAUCUUGGGAGCUUCGUUCAAGUCGCUGGUGUGUCUGCUCACAGACGAGAACCAUCCUCCAGAAUACUUCUUCAUUUCAACGUUCUUCCUUACGUUCCGUAUUUUCUCGCACGGCUCUGUUUUGUUGGAGGAGCUGGUUGAACGUUUCGACGUCAACAACACGCUGCUCGAGAACGACAAGAAGAAAGCAAGCGGAGCCCUGCACAUGCACUCGUCGCUGGAAUCCAAGAUCAAACACAGAAGACAGCUUGUUUGCAAGACGUUCCUGCUCUGGCUCGAGAGUUACUGGAAGCCAAAGACAGACUACAACCUGCUGCCGCCGCUCAUCAACUUCUUCAAUGAGGCCGUCAAGGAGUAUCUGCCAUUGGAGGCCCUGAAGCUGAUUGAGACCGCGUCCAAGCUGGUUGGCAUGCCCCCGGUGGAAACCAUCAAGGACAGACUCAAUUACUAUAACAACAUUGACAACGACUCGCAGUUGGUUCCACGGAAAAUCUCGCCAAAGCUCCAGCACAAACACAUAUCCAGACACCUUUCCACGUUCUCGUUCUCUGAUCCUACUGGUAUUAUGAACGAUAUCGACACCUACAACUCUUUGUUGGACGAUAUUGACACUUAUGACCUCGAAAGAAUGGACACUGUUGGAAACCGUCAAUCGAUCAACUUGGGUCUUGCCAUUGACCUCAAGAACACCGGCUCCAACGUGCUUUUGCUUGACGAUAGACAGCUGGAUUCGAUCAAGAAGGUGAUUCUGUCGUACAGAAACAUGCUUCGCGACCAUUGGCAAAGAAACAAAAUGGUUCUGGACAGAUUCGUUCCGCUAGACACCCAAACGUUGCUGGACUCGUGGUGGAGAACCGCGCAGGAGAGCUGGAAGAUCUUGAACCAGGACUUGGCGUUGCUCAACUUCAACGGAUUGGAGAUUGCCAAGCAGCUUACCAUGAUCGAGUCCAAGAUGUUCUGCUCCAUCAAAGUGGAGGAGCUGUUGAACCAGAACUUCACGUCCAAGAAGCUGCACCUGAAUCUUUCGCCAAACAUCCAGCGGUCUGUGCUGUUCACUAACCUGUUGAGUGACUAUGUGAUUGAGAGUAUUCUUCAACCAAAGCUCACCAUGAGACAGCGUACUCACGCGGUCAAAUGCUGGCUCAAGAUCGGCAUCUCGUGUUUGUACCUCCGGAACUUCAACUCGUUGGCUUCGAUCAUGACCUCGUUGCAGAGCUUCCUGAUCUCCAGAAUCUCCAAAAUAUGGGAAGGAUUGUCCGACAAGUACAAAGAGCUGUUUCAUUACCUGUCUACGAUCAUCCACCCAGACAAGAACUACCAGGUGUACCGGACCAAACUCAAAGACUUUUUGGUGUCCAACCUGGAGGAAGACCUGGACAUUCCUAUUGUUCCGUACGUUUCGCUGUUUUUGCAGGACCUGACGUUCAUUGUGGACGGAAAUCCAAACUACAGAGACAACACCAAGUCUUUCUUGAACCAGAAACUGAUCAAUGUGGACAAAUACACCAAGAUCACCAAGAUCAUCCUGGACUUGCAGACUCUCCAGAUUCCGUACAAGGACGUUGGCGAGCUAGGCAAAGUCUACAACAAGGACCCGAAGAUCGACCUGAUCAGAAGUGCCACCAUCAGAAACCUCAGAAGCCGGUUGCAGGACGAGGACCAAAGCUUUGACGAUAUGUUCGACAUUGGCGGCGUUCCAUGUCUUCAGGAGCUGAUCCUGCUGGAGAUCUGGAAAGUCAAACAGAUCAACAUGAAGGAAGACGACCGCAUUCAACUUUUUCUGGUUACCAAUGUAGUUGAUAGCAGAACCGGCUUUGAAGAACUCGAUCUGGUCCUCACUCAUGGUGUGCUUACAGUCGAUCUCGAACUCCUCGCCAGACUUCUUGGUCACCUUGACCUUGAGAAUUCCGCCGUUGUCACCCUUCUUGGCCACCAUGUCUGGAAGACCAACGGUGGUGAGCACGUCGGUGGAGCUGAUUCUGUCGUAAUCGGCCUCGUUGGCAAAGGUCAGCGGCAGCAUACCCUGCUUCUUGAGGUUGGUUUCGUGGAUUCUGGCAAACGACUUGACCAGAAUGAUCUUGCCUCCAAGGAAUCUUGGAGAAAGAGCAGCAUGUUCUCUGGCAGAACCUUCUCCGUAAUUAUGCUCUGCAACCACACACCAUUCUCUGUGCUCGUCCUUCCAUUUCAUCAUGAGCUCUGGAAUACCGUAUGGCUUGCCGUCGAAGUCGUAAGCAACGUUCACCUCGCCAGUCUCCUUGUUCUGGGCACCGAUCAGCGUGUUGUACGAGAUGUUUUCCAGAUGUCCCUUGUAUUUCAGCCACACACCGGCAGCAGAAAUGUGGUCCGCAUCGAACGGCUCCAAAAGUUGCAAUCUGUCGGACUCUGGAGAAACGUUCACGGCGACUUCUGGCUGCGGCUGUGGCUCCAAUGGUGGAUAGAACUCCUGUCUUCCGGCAAUGAAACCUUCAGAAGGAAGCUCUUCGCCGUGAGGAGGCUCGAAUUUGAACACCUCGCCGUUUUCGAGCGUGAUGGCAUCUUUCAAGGGAUUGAAGCCCAUGUCUCCAGAGUAGAUCAUGGCUGUGACAAUAUCUGGAGAGGUGAGGAAGUUCAUGGUAUUUCUGUUACCGUCGUUUCUUGCUCUAAAGUUUCUGUUGAACGAGGAGAAAAUCACGUUGGUGUCCUUUGGAGCAGAUUCGCCUCUGUCCCACUGUCCGAUACAUGGACCGCAGGCGUUGGCCAGCACAAUGGCGCCGCUCUUCUCGAAGGUGUUGAUCAAACCGUCUCUCUCGAUGGUGGCACGGAUCUGCUCAGAGCCAGGAGUCACAAAGAAGGGGAUCUUUGGCUUCAGUCCAACCUCGGUGGCCUGCUUGAUGAUCGAGGCAGCACGCGACAUGUCCUGGUACGACGAGUUGGUACACGAACCAAUCAAACCGGCAGUAAUGUUCUCUGGCCACUCGUUCUCCUUGGUGGUCUCCUUCAGCUUGGAGAUUGGAGUAGACAGAUCAGGAGUGAACGGUCCGUUCACGCUUGGCUCCAAGGUGUUGAGGUCGAUCUCGAUGAUCUGGUCGUACUCACAGCCAGGGUCAGCAGUCAUGUAUUGGUAGUUCUGGUUGACGUGUUUGGCCAGCUCCGCAAGAGGACCUCUGUUAGUGGCAGCCAAGUAUCUGUAGUGGGCCUCUUGCACAGGGAAAGUCGACGUGGUGGCACCAAUCUCGGCUCCCAUGUUACAGAUGGUGGCCAUACCGGUACAACUCAAAGUCUCGACACCUUCACCAAAAUACUCCACAAUGUAUCCUGUUCCUCCUCUGACGGUCAAGAUACCAGCCAGAUGAGUGAUUACGUCCUUCGGAGAAGUCCAGCCGUUCAUUUUUCCGGUCAGUUUGACUCCCAAAACCUUUGGAGCCUUCAAUUCCCAUGGAGUUCCCGUCAGUGCGUCAACAGCGUCUGCUCCACCAACUCCAAUAGCAAUGGCACCCAGACCACCGGCAUUUGGAGUGUGCGAGUCUGUACCGAGCAUCAUCAAACCAGGAACAGAGAAGUUCUCAAGCACGAUCUGGUGGAUGAUACCGGAACCAGGUCCCCAGAACUGGAUACCAUAUUUUUCUCCACAGCUCUGCAAGAAGUCAAACACUUCUUGAUUGGUUGCAAUGGCAGACUUGAGAUCGAUAUCGGCUCCUUCUUUACCGACAAUCAAGUGAUCACAGUGGAUGGAAGCAGGAACAGCAGUGGAAGCCAUUCCACACGUCAUGAACUGCAAAAGAGCCAUCUGAGCAGAAGCAUCCUGCAUAGCGACUCUAUCAGGGUUCAACUUUAA